AUGACUCAAAACCAUGCACCAAGCCCAACCUCCUCUAGCGGUCAAGUCUUGCCUUCAACCUCUCGGCCACUUGGGUUAAAGCGAACUAUGCAGCAGGCAUUUGAUGACUCGGGAAAUGAGUGCAUUACUCCUAAGUUUAGAUAUCAGAGUAAGGUUCGUGUAAUGGAACGAUACAAAGUCAUUGGUUUUAUCAGUAGUGGUACGUAUGGCCGCGUUUAUAAAGCACAUGGUCGCCAAGGUCAACCAGGCGAGUUCGCCAUCAAGAAAUUUAAGCCAGAUAAAGAGGGGGAGCAGGUACAGUAUACUGGCAUCUCGCAGUCUGCUAUUCGAGAGAUGGCUCUAUGUUCUGAAUUAAGCCACCAGAAUGUUAUUAAACUAGUUGAAAUUAUCCUUGAAGAUAAAUGUAUCUACAUGGUGUUCGAAUAUGCAGAACACGAUCUGCUUCAAAUUAUCCAUCAUCAUACUCAACCAACUCGUCAUCCAAUUCCGCCUUCUACAGUAAAAUCUAUUAUGUUCCAACUUUUGAAUGGAUCACACUAUCUUCAUGUAAAUUGGGUCUUGCACCGAGACCUAAAGCCUGCUAAUAUCAUGGUCACAAUUGGAGGAGAGGUAAAAAUCGGGGACUUGGGACUGGCUCGGCUUUUCAACAAACCUCUUCAUUCCCUUUUUUCAGGCGACAAAGUUGUCGUGACUAUUUGGUACCGGGCACCAGAGCUUCUACUUGGUUCGCGACACUACACUCCUGCCGUCGAUAUGUGGGCUAUUGGCUGUAUUUUUGCCGAACUUCUCUCUCUUAGGCCAAUAUUCAAGGGCGAAGAAGCAAAAAUAGAUAGUAAGAAGACUGUUCCGUUCCAACGAAAUCAGAUGCAGAAAAUAGUUGAGAUUAUGGGGAUGCCCACCAAAGAAAAGUGGCCACUUUUGAUAAAAAUGCCUGAAUACAGUAAUCUAGCUACUCUAUCCUCAGGGCAUAUUCCUAAAUCUGGAUCACUUUUAGAGAAAUGGUACUAUAGUACCAUUAACUCGACUCAGUCCUCUCCCGCAUCCAAUGUCUCCUUGGGUGUCGAAGGCUAUAAAUUACUGUCUGGGCUUUUAGAAUACGACCCCGAGCGGAGGCUCACAGCGCAGCAAGCAUUGCAACAUCCCUUUUUUAGCACUGGGGAUAAAUUUAGCAAUAACUGUUUUGAAGGUAUCAAGGCGGAAUACCCACACCGGAGGGUCAGUCAAGAAGAUAAUGAUAUUCGCUCCUGCAGCUUACCUGGCACCAAAAAAGUAGGUCCAGUGGAUGAUUCAAGACCAGCUAAACGAUUAAAAGAAUAA